AAAAAUAGUUUCUAUUUUUUAUCGUUACUUUUCAUAUAACUAUUCAAAAAAUAAAAUAAAAUGAUACGUUUUAUUUUGCUAGGUUGUACGAUAGCUUUUGUCACGGCAAGAUCAACAAAUUGGGAUAAUUUUCGUUUUCCAUUUCAUCACAAUAGCUUGAAAAAUAAUGUUAAGAAAUAUGAAGAGAAAAAUGCAAAAGCGGAAAAAAACUAUUCUGUUUGUCGAUCACAAGGUUGUUUCAGAGUUGCUUCGGAAUUCUGGGAAAGUAUGAACAAAUCAGUGGAUCCAUGUGAAGAUUUUUAUGAAUAUGCUUGUGGAAAUUGGGCGAAAAAUAAUCCAAUUCCACCAGCUGAAAUGGAAUGGAGCACAAUUCGUAAAAUGACAAAAGAAAUUGAAUUUAAAAUUCGAGAUUUCUUGGAAGAAGAAUUAGAUUCCCACGAUUUGCUACCCGUAAAACAAUUCAAGAAAUUUUACAAAUCCUGCAUGAAUGAGGAUGAAUUAGAAAAAAUUGGACUCAAGCCACUUGAAGCUAUACUUUCUAGAAAUGGAGGAUGGCCUUUAAUAAUGGAACCUGGUGAAUGGUUUGAAGAAACUCUAACGUGGCAACAAAUUGACGAAUUUUAUUCUCGUCUAACUCGAUCCUCAUUUUAUUCUUUUGAUGUAACAAAAGAUAAAAGAAAUGUUGAAACUUUUCAAGAUCUCAAAAUGGUUAAUUCAUCAAUAAUUGAGUUGAAAUUACCAGAAUUACCGCCAGUAAUUGAAUUGGAAAAUGGAAUGAAAUUUGAUCGAAUGAAAAUGUACGACGAUGGAAGUUAUGGAAAAUUCAUUAAGGAAAUUGUUCUUGCUUUUAUAGAAGAAAGAAAUGCCCACGUCAAUGAAGAAACAUUAGAUGAAGAUAUUGAAGAUUUAAUAAAAUUUGAAAAAAAAUUGGGAGCCAAAAGUGAAAGUAUCUUCGAAAGAACUAUGAUUACAUCUUUAGAGAAGAUUUCAAAUAUUUGCAAUAUGAAGAAAAAACCUCAAUUUUCAAAUAAACAACAGAUAAACUGGACCAAGUCUUUUAAGAAUUUAUUUUUAGAAGCGAAUAUUGAACUCAGUGGGGAGGAGAAAUUUUCUAUGACAUCAAAAGUUAAAGAAUAUUUAGAUAAUCUUUGUCUGAUUCUUGUCGAAACAAAGCCUAAAACUAUUGUUAAUUAUAUUCAUUGGAAUUUUUUAAGUCAAAUGUUACCACAAACGACAUCAAAAAUGCGAGAAUUAUUCUAUGAAUUUAAAAAACAUUUAACUGGUGUAAAAACUCAAAAGCCAAGAUGGGAAACUUGUGGCUAUAAUAUACAAAUGGAACACGCAGUGGCUUAUCAUUACGUCAAAAAAUAUUUUAAGAAAAACAUGAAAGACGAUGGUAUGAAAAUAUUUCGGUCUAUUCAGAAAGCAAUGAUAAAACAAAUUGUAAAAUCUGACUGGCUUAGUGAAGAUAUGAAGAAUAUCGAACUUGACAAAAUUAAAAAUUUAGGAACAUCUUUUGGUUAUCCUAAUUGGUACGACAAUGACACGAUAUUUCUAAAUUAUUAUCGUGGGUUGCCAAUUGGACAUCAAUAUUUGGAUAAUAUAUUAUUGUAUAAAAAAUAUUCAUUAAAGAAAAAAUUACGAAAUUUAAAUAAUCCUGAAUUUAAUUUAGAAUGGUUUCCAACUAUGGUUAAUGCUGCUUAUAUCAUGUUGUUCAAUGAAUUAGUUUUUCCAGCUGGCUUGUUUCAAUAUCCAUUUUAUUCUCCAACUCAACCCGAAACAAUUAACUUUGGCAGUCUCGGAACGAUAAUGGGUCACGAAAUUGCUCAUGGCUUUGACGAUACUGGAAUAAUUUUCGAUAAGGAUGGAAAUAUUAUGGAUUGGUCUGGUGAAGAUGCGAAGAAAUUGGAAAACAAUUCGAUGUGUUUCUUUUCACAGUAUGGAAAAUUUUACAAAAUUCCAGAAAACAAUGCUUUUAUGGGUAAACGAGCUAAAACAUUGGGUGAAGAUAUGGCUGAUUCUAUAGGAGUGGAUGUAGUUUUUGAAGCUUUUGAAGAAAUGGAAAAAGAAAAAAAUGAACCUCGAUUACCAGGAUUCGAAGAAUUAAACAAUGAGCAAAUUUUCUUUUUAAGCUUUGCCAAAAUUUGGUGCACAAGUGUAACACCGGAAUAUGAAGAAUUAGUUAAAAAAGAUGAUGUGCAUAGUUCGUCGCGUUAUAGAGUUAUAUCAACUGUUCAAAAUUCUGAAGGAUUUUCCAAAGCUUUCAAUUGUCCAAAAAAUAGUGCAAUGAAUCCAAAAGAGAAAUGCAAACUUUGGAAAAAAAUAUGUUCAACUAAUAUUGUGACUGCUAGUGUUUUCAAUUUUACGGAUGACAAUGUACAAUUUCACAAAAAAAUGAUGGGAAAAGAAGAAUCAGAUCGAGAUGAAAAUGGAAAUGUACCAAACAAUUAUUCGAUUUGUCGCACACAGGAGUGUUCUAAACUUGCUUCAGAAUUUUGGGAAAGUAUGAAUAAAUCAGUGGAUCCUUGUGAGGAUUUUUAUGAAUUUGCAUGUGGUGGAUGGAGUGUAAGCAAUCCAGUGCCUCCCACUGAAUUAUCAUGGACUACUUUUAACGUUGUUAAAAAAGAGUUGUAUUUUCGAAUUCGAGAAUAUUUGGAAGACCCCGUGAACGAAGACGAUAUUUUACCUGUAAAACAAGUAAAAAAAUUUUAUUCAUCAUGUAUGGACGUUGAUGCUUUGGAGGAGGCUGGCAUUAAACCAAUCGAGAAAAUUUUAUCGACAAAUGGAGGUUGGCCAAUAGCAAUGGGUCCGCAAGAAUGGGACCCAAAAAAAUAUACAUGGCAACAAAUUGACAAAUUUUAUACUCGAUUAAUAUUUACCCCCGCAUUUUUUUCCCUCGAUAAUGAAGAAGAAGAAGAAGACAAUUUAGUUAUUAUGAUGAUGCGACCAAAAUUAACUCCAAUUGUGAAAAUUCCACAUGAAGCAAAAUUCGACAGAAAUGAAAUGUAUGAUGAUGGAAGUUAUGCUAAUUUAAUUGCACAAGUUGCUAAAAUAAUUGCACAUGAAAGAGGAGUAAUUAUUGAUGAAAAACAAAUAAAGGCCGAUGUCGAAGGCAUAAUUGAUUUAGAGAAAAAAUUAUACGAUGACAAUUAUGAAGAUAAAUGUGAAAACGGUUCAAUAGAAAAAAUACAGAAAUUUUAUGAUUCAUUAGACCAUCAAUCGGACACAUCAAAGAUAAAUUGGAAAGAUAUAAUUUACGAUAUAUUUUCUGAAGCAAAUAUGGUGUUAAAUGGAACGGAGGAGAUUUAUAUGCCAAAAACUGAAUAUUUGAAAAAACUUGUAAAAAUUUUAGAUACAACCGACGUGCGUCAAAUUGUGAAUUACGUACACUGGAAUUCCAUAAGUCGAUUGAUAGAAUUUACGAAUACAAAAAUGGAAACAAUAAUUUACGAAUUAAAUAAAAAGCAUCUUGGAUUCAAAGAAAUGAAACCAAGAUGGGAAAGAUGCAUAGACAAUGUGGAUUUAAAGCAUGGAAUCUCUUAUCAGUUUGUGAAAAACUUUUUUAAAAAUAAAAUGAAGGAGGAUGCAAGAAAAAUAUUUGAAAGUAUUCAAAAAGAAAUUAUAAAACAUAUUAUGAAGUCCGAUUUGUUGGAUGAAAAAUCAAGAAAAAUGGUUCUAGAAAAAAUGAAAGAAAUGAAAACAAUGAUUGGUUAUCCCGAAUGGUAUAAUAAUGAUACAGCUUUACAGAAUCAUUAUCGCGGUAUAACAGUUGGACAAAAAUUUUUGGAAAAUAAAUUAAAUUACAUGAAAUUUUCAUUUAAUAGAAAUCUACGAAGAAAUGAAAGUUCCUUGUAUAAAAAGGGAGGUUACUGGUUUGUUCCUCCCAUGGAAGUAGAUGCAUUUUAUCAUCAUAUUAUGAUUGCUUUGGUUAUUCCACCAGCUUUAUUUCUUCCCCCUUUCUAUUCACCCAACAGACCCGAACUUUUUAAUUAUGGAUUCCUUGGCUCAGUUAUAGGACACGAAGUGUCUCACGGUUUCGAUAAUAUUGGUAUUUAUAUUGGUUCAAACGGGAGUCAUGCUAAAUGGUCAAAAGAGACAGAAAAAAAAUUUAAUGAUAAAAUGAAAUGUUACUCUGACCAAUAUGUGAAAUUUUACAAUGAAACAUCGACAAAUUCUUCAGUUCUCAUGGAUAAAAGUAUGAUUACUUUAGGUGAAAAUAUAGCAGAUUCAUCAGGACUUCAAAUGAUUUUUGGAGCGUUUAAAGAAAACGAGAAGAAUCAAAGUUACCCUCAUUUACCAGGAUUUGUGGAAUUUACUGACGAUCAGUCAUUUUUCUUAUCAUUUGCAAAGCUCUGGUGUAAAAAUACAACACCAGAAUAUGAAAAAAUAAAUCGACCUAAUUCACAUAGUGAAGGACGUUAUCGGGUUAUUUCGUCAAUUCAAAAUUCCGAAGGUUUUGCUAAAGCAUUUAAAUGUCCUAUUAACAGUCCCAUGAAUCCCAAAGAAAAAUGUACAAUUUGGUAAAGAAAAAAGUUUACCAUAAUGAAACUUAUUGAAAAUUUAAAAAAUCAAAUUCAAAACCGAAAUUUUUCUCAUUAGAAUUAUUUGCUUUUCGAUAAUAGCAUUAGCAUAAUAACGAAUUUAAAAAUAAAUCGUAUUUUAAUAAUUAUU